AUGCCAAUCAUUCCGGGCACAGGUAUGAGUGAAGACUGUCUGACGCUUAACAUAUGGACAGCAAAUACCACAGCAUUAAAGCCAGUGAUGUUUUGGAUAUAUGGAGGGGCUCUUAAUAUUGGGACUAUAUUUCAAGAGUGGUAUAACGGGAGCGCUUUGGCCACACGUGAUGUGGUGGUCGUUGCCGUGAAUUAUAGGGUCGGGCCGUUUGGGUUCCUAUACGGGGAUCGGGAGGACGCGCCCGGAAAUGUCGGCUUUUAUGACCAAUUAUUAGGCCUAAAAUGG